GUCUAGAUAGACUAUACCGUACACUUACGUGUGUCUAGCAAGCAUACACCAUGCAGCUCCUACCGGUCUUAGUCUCCCUAUCCCUCCUCCUCGUGGGCGCUGCGGCGGCCAGGAAGACGACGACGCACCUCAACUUCUACUUGCACGACAUCGUGACGGCGGGGCCGUCGAGCCCAGCGACGGCGGUGCGCGUCGCCAGGGGCGUGACGCCGCUGCCCGUCGACCCCACCAAACGCUUCGGCGACAUGUACGUCAUCGACGACCCUCUGACGGAGGGACCCGACGCGGCGUCCCCGGCCGUCGGCACAGCGCAGGGGUUCUACAUCCUCGCGUCGCGGACGGACAUCGCGCUGCUGUUCACCGUCAACCUGGUGUUCACGGCUGGGCCGCACAACGGCAGCACCAUCGCCGUGCACGGAAGGGACGCCGUCUUCGACCCCGUUAGGGAGCUGCCGGUCGUUGGCGGAACCGGCGUGUUCCGCGGAGCCACGGGGUACGGCCUUUUCCAGACAUAUUCCGCAGAUAACGCCACCUUCAACGCGGUGCUCCAGGUCGACAUGUACGUGAGCGCGCGUGUAGGUGCACCUCAUUAAUAUGCUUCCAUUGUUCCAUGCAUGUGUGUGUGUGCUGGUUCAUACUGUACCAUGUAUGUUUAUCAGUCACGGUUAUCUGUUAAUUCCACCACUAUUGCGUUCAUGAAUAAAAUGAA